AAGAGUCUGUAUUUUAUCAACAAUUUCUGUUUCUGAAUAAUGAAGAAGUUAAGGAGCGGAGAUUAUUGGGCGGCGGAGGCGGAGGAGGGUUGCAGGACGCCGAGGCACGACGGGUGUAGGCUCCCGCCGGAGGCGAAGGUGUGUCCGCCGCCGCCGCCGCGGAAGAAGCCGUAUUACGGGAGGAGGAGGGCGGAGAAGAGGAAACCGCCGGCGGGAGGGUACUUUCAGCCGCCGGAUCUCGAGCUCUUCUUCGCCCUGAUUACACCGAGGAGGAAAGCUGCGCUGUUGUAAAAGUAAAUUAAUUACUGUGGU